GCCGCGCGCGUGCGCACGCCGGCCGUUCCUGCCAGGCCGGGAGGCGGCGGUGCCCGGCGGCGGGGAGCGACGGUGGCGGCGGCCGGGCGAGCCCCGCUCCGUGGGGCCGCCAGCGAGCUGGCGGCGCGGGCGGUGGGGCCCGAGCGACUGCGGGCGGAGAGACAAGAGGUAAUUGAUUCCAUUAUGUGUGCGUCAGCCAAAUAUAACACCCGGGGUCCAGCCCUCAUCCCAAGGAUGAAAACCAAGCAUCGCGUCUACUACAUCACUCUCUUUUCCAUAGUUCUGCUUGGUCUAAUUGCCACAGGAAUGUUCCAGUUCUGGCCUCACUCUAUUGAGUCGUCCAGUGACUGGACUGUUGAAAAACGCAGUGUCCAUGAUGUGCCUGUGGUCAGGCUUCCUGCUGAUAGCCCCAUUCCUGAGCGGGGAGACCUCAGCUGCAGGAUGCACACCUGCUUCGAUGUCUAUCGAUGUGGCUUCAAUCCCAAAAACAAAAUUAAGGUAUACAUCUACUCACUGAAAAAGUAUGUGGAUGAAUUCGGGACAUCGGUGAGCAACACCAUUUCCAGGGAAUACAAUGAGCUGCUGACUGCUAUUUCAGACAGUGAAUUCUACACUGAUGAUGUCAACCGGGCCUGCCUUUUUGUGCCAUCUAUAGAUGUCCUCAAUCAAAACACACUCCGUAUCAAGGAGACAGCUCAGGCUUUGGCACAGUUACCCAGGUGGGAUCGAGGCACAAAUCACUUGCUCUUCAAUAUGCUGCCUGGAGGGCCACCGGAUUAUAACACUGCCCUAGAUGUUCCUAGAGAUAGAGCUCUUCUGGCUGGUGGAGGCUUCUCCACAUGGACUUACCGGCAAGGCUAUGAUGUCAGUAUUCCUGUUUACAGCCCGCUAUCAGGGGAAGUGGAUCUGCCAGAAAGAGGACCAGGUCCUCGCAGGUAUUUCAUUCUGUCAUCUCAAAUGGCUCUGCACCCAGAAUACCGAUCUGAGUUGGAAGCUCUUCAAGCUGAAAAUGGGGAAUCAGUGCUGAUCCUAGACAAAUGUACAAACUUGUCAGAUGGGGUCCCUGCUGUUCGCAAACGCUGUCACAAGAAUCAAGUCUUUGAUUAUCCUCAAGUGCUUCAGGAGUCUACGUUUUGUGUAGUUCUACGUGGAGCCCGUCUGGGACAGGCUGUGCUAAGUGAUGUUCUUCAAGCUGGUUGUGUCCCAGUCAUCAUUGCUGAUUCCUACAUUUUACCUUUCUCUGAGGUUCUGGACUGGAAGAGGGCCUCUGUUGUUAUCCCUGAAGAAAAGAUGCCUGAAAUGUACAGUAUUCUGCAAAGUGUCCCCCAGCGACAAAUUGAAGAGAUGCAAAGACAGGCAAGGUGGUUCUGGGAAGCAUAUUUUCAAUCAAUGAAAGCAAUUGCUCUUGCUACUCUUCAGAUUAUCAAUGAUAGAAUUUACCCAUAUGCUGCCGUUUCUUAUGAAGAAUGGAAUGAUCCCCCAGCUGUGAAAUGGAGCAGUGUGAGCAACCCACUCUUCCUUCCACUGAUCCCACCUCAGUCCCAAGGUUUCACAGCCAUAGUUCUGACCUAUGACCGGGUGGAGAGCCUUUUCCGAGUCAUCACGGAGGUUUCUAAAGUGCCUAGUCUAUCCAAAUUGCUAGUUGUCUGGAACAACCAGAACAAGAAUCCACCAGAAGAUUCCCUCUGGCCGAAGAUUCGUGUUCCCCUGAAAGUUGUUAGGACUGCAGAAAACAAACUUAGUAACCGCUUCUUCCCCUAUGAUGAGAUUGAAACAGAAGCAGUGUUGGCUAUUGAUGAUGACAUUAUUAUGCUAACCUCAGAUGAGCUCCAGUUUGGCUAUGAGGUUUGGCGUGAGUUCCCUGACAGGUUGGUUGGAUAUCCAGGCCGCCUACAUCUCUGGGACCAUGAGAUGAACAAAUGGAAAUAUGAAUCAGAAUGGACCAAUGAAGUCUCAAUGGUGCUCACUGGGGCAGCGUUUUAUCACAAAUAUUUCAACUAUCUUUACACCUACAAAAUGCCUGGAGACAUCAAGAACUGGGUGGAUGCUCAUAUGAAUUGUGAAGAUAUUGCCAUGAAUUUUCUAGUGGCAAAUGUCACUGGCAAAUCAGUCAUUAAGGUGACCCCACGAAAGAAGUUCAAAUGUCCAGAAUGCACAGCAAUUGAUGGGUUAUCACUGGACCAGACACACAUGGUGGAAAGAUCUGAAUGCAUCAAUAAGUUUGCCUCUGUCUUUGGGACCAUGCCUCUAAAAGUGGUGGAGCACCGUGCUGACCCUGUCCUGUACAAAGAUGACUUUCCUGAGAAACUGAAGAGCUUUCCCAAUAUCGGCAGCUUGUAAAGGCAUCUGUGAGACAAGCCUGAAUGAUGAAAAUGACAGCUGAAAAGGUGAUAUGAGGAACAUAUGGCCCUGAAUAAAAUAAAUCACUAGAGAGUGGACUGUAUCUGAGGGAGACAGGAAUUAAUGUUGUAUUCUGGUAUGUUGUCUUCCCUUUACAUUGCACAAAUAUGUAAUUGAAAGCUGAACGACUGCUUCUCUGUUGCUGACAGAGGAUUGAAUCUAUUCAUGGGUCCUCCCAGAAACGUCAAAUGCACUCUCUUCUCCAAAGGAGGCUAUGCACAUGGAAGAACAGAACAGAAUCUCUCUCUCUCUGGUCUGACUGGCGUGACUGACCUCUUCUAUCAAGUGUGCUGCAGCAGCUCUGUGGUUUGUAAGCACCCAUCCCUUCAAAGCAACUGUCUGCAACGUAUAGCUGGCUCUCUUGGGAGGAGCUUAUUGCCUGUGUGGUUGAUGGGCCUCUGUCUUUUGAGCUUAAUUGUUGGCUUAAGUAACUGCGUAACAAACAUUUUCUUCUGCAUAGUGAGACAAAUGUUGAUUUAUGUUUGGGGUUUUUUUUACAAUAUCAGCAACAAAAAUCUGUAUGUUAUCACAUGUUUUAAAGGGCACAGCAUUUUGUGUUACUUAAAUUAUUUUGACGCAAAUUGAGACACACAGCAGCUGGGAGGACAGUCUCCUUCAAAGCAGAGACCUGCAGGGCAGAAGUCCAAUUGCUGCACCUCUUCUUCCUGCAUAAAUCUCAGGUUUUCUGCUGCAUCCGUGGAAGAGACUGACUCUGUGUCAAAACUAGUUGUAUUUUACAGAAAAAGGUGUAUCUUUCAGUCUUCAUUAUCAAAGCAGCAGUCAGGUUAGUUUUACAUCAUAGCUGUACAUAGGAGCAACAGCUAAGAAGUCAGUUUUUCACAUCUGAAUCCUGUUCAGCAAGCACUGUGUUGUAGUACUGAUUUGUAAAACACAUUUACAGAAAUUCCCAGUUACAGCUUCAGUGUGCAGGGGUUUGUGUAUGUACAAGACACUAUUAACACACACUUACAAACUCCUGUGGAUUACCAUUGUUGGGGAAACUAUUGGGUCUUUGCUUGUAAUUUAAGGAACCCAUUGCUACAGGCUGCCACUGAAACAUACAGCUUGUAAAGCUUCUCCAAAAGCCUUCCUGUUUCAUAUGAGCAUUGGAGUUGUUUCUCAAUACUGAAAUUAACCUGAAUUAGAAAACUAAAUGCAACAAAAUUAGAAAUAAAAUUGCCUGGACUGUUAUUCUUGCCCUUUGAUAUUCAAGAUGAUCCAAGUUGGGCUGAGAAAAGAUUCUCUUUUUUCCCUGUUCCACUGAUAAAAUGUUUAUUAUCAGAUAAGUGUGAUUUCACUGUCUUUUGAAACCUCCAUUGCUUCCAGUUACAGAGACAUCCUACUUGAUGAGCUGUUUUUCUGUUGCACUGCAAGCAACCUUACUCCUUGGAUUUUGCCAAACCCCAAACAAUAGGACAAGUGUUAGGCAUCACGGUUCACCCCCUCUCCUAAGCUGGAUAUGCAGCAAUGACAGAAACCAAAUGAAAGGCAGGCUAGAAACAGGAAACAUCUGCUCCUAUUUGUCUCACCCCCACUAAGACUUAUCUUAUUGCCCAAUGCGGUGGAUGUGCUGUGAAUGAAAAUCAUAUUGGAACAAUAGCUCUGAGGGGAUGCUUCACUUCAUAACACCCCUGGGAUGUGCCUGUGAACUGUAUCAUCCAGUUCUCUGGGAACGUUUAAUUACUAGUAAAUGUCUUUUCCUGCAGUCUUUGUUUCAUUCUGAAGUUGCUGUGGGAGGGGUAUUGGGGAGCUGGGAGUAUAGCUGUUGCAGUGACAACAAUUGCUGCCUGCACAGUGGGUAUCACAAGAUAGAGGAAGGUUUGUUGCUUGCUAUUUCUCUUUACAGCCUCUCAGGUUCAUUCAAAUGAACUUCCUCAAUAUUCCUGUUGAUUUAUGUCGUGGUGCUUGAGCGUCAGGAGAUACCAGCAUAUUUCCCUUGAAAUUUGCUUUGAAAGGUUAGCUGUGACAGUGCAGUAGUCACUUCGGUUUUGGCCAUUCUUUUGAGGCUGAUCUCAGCUUGGCAGGCCUUAGCAGUUUAACUGAGUUAUAACAUCUUCCUUACACAGAGUUAUGAAGCUUCUGUGAUUUCCUGGUUCUUUCUUAGUAAGCCGGUAAAAAGUGCACGUUUUGCACAGUCUUAAAAGGCACGGAGGAUUUGAAAUAGUUGGUGGAGUAUUUUGAAGUGGGGACAGCCUAAGCAGCCUUCCUAAACUGAUCUGUAGUCUCAGAUGAAUAAAAUGGCAACAGGUCCUUGUGCUUGCAUCGCAAAGGAUCAGAGUGGAUUCCUCUUCCACAAAAUGCCCAGUGACCUUUUUUUUGUCCUUUGGCAUUUUACCAUUGCUUUAUAGGGCCAUCAAAUUUAGAUGAUAGUUUGUCUCUGUUUCAUAGCAUGGAGGAAAUUGGCAAUGGACUGCAAAAAAAAAUUUGUAAAAUGGCCUUCUUUCCCUCUGCGUUUGUAAUUGUGAUGUUCUUGAUGCAAAAGUCUGUGAAGGUAGGGUGUACCUGCAUGUCUGAUUUUGGCAUGGGUUUGUUGUCAGUCUUUAAGAUAAUUUUUAACUUUUCAUUGUAUAUAUGUUAUCACAAAAAGGUUAAUAUUGGUAUAUUAAAAAGUAAAUCCAAGGAGUGUUUGUUGUAUGUCACUUCUGGAGUGGCACAAGGAAACACAGAUGUAUUUAGAAGGGAGAAUUGCAGUGACAGGCUGUUUUGCUACACAAAUCUGUGUUAAACUUGAAUUUCCACAGUGUACUUCAGAAAGACCUGACGAUAUUUUGUCUUUCCCGUAACUGGGGUUGGAUGGUUGUCUUUGAAGUAGAGGUUUGCUCUGCACCUUUCUGGGGAGAGUAGUUGUUACUUGUAAUUUUCCGCCAAGAUUUGACAGUAGCAUUUAUCCUGGAGAAACAGGGCACAGAUCUUUCUCUGAAGAGACAGAAAGUGUUAAAGAAUUGUGCUCUUGAGAAAAGAGCUUUGACCAAAUCAUUGAGAUUGUGGAAUCCAGUGUGGUGGCAGCUCUCUGCUUCCAGAAGCACUGCAGCACAGUCCUGGCAGAGCAUGCUGCGAGAGGGCAGCAUGUGUGCAUGGCACCCCUUGCUGCUUGUGCAUAGCAAGGGGCACGGUGUGCCACGGUGCUUGCCCUGCCAGAAGGGGUGAGUCCAUCACCAACUUUCCCUACAAUGUGUUGACUCUUUCCUUCCUCACAGCUCCACCAUCUCGUUACAGGAUGUGCCAAUUCAAGCCUUAACAUUCUGAAUUACUCUUCCCUGCCAUCUCCAGCUCCUGCUCUUGAACCUCCUGCUAUCCAUCAUGCUUCCGGUGGUACAGUUCAAAUACGCUUUACAGCAGCGACGAAUUUCUCCCUGUUAAUUAUCAAUUCAAGGGCCUUGGAGACUCAAAUAGCAAAAUAAUUGCAAGGUGGGUUUGAAGAGCUGCCCAGUACUUCUGACUCAUUUUGCUUUUAGGCUGUAUUGAUGAGUGUUGAGCACUCUGGAAAAAUGCGGUACUGAGGCACAUGAAAAUGUAUUUAGGUGGACAAUUUUAAUGUUAAAAAUACCUGCAAGAUUUGGCAUGAAUGCCCUCUAUAAUGAAUGUCUGGUACCUUAGUUACACUUCACAGGCAGAGCGUAUUUUGAUCGGGAAGGCUCUCAGAAUGGUUAAUUGGUAUGCAUAAAUCUUCUGUCCAGCCCUUUACAUGGAAACUGCUGUCUUAACAGGGCUACAGCACCAUACAGGAAAGAGAAAUCAAAACUGACAGUGCUGAUGAGAAAACGGAUUUUAAAUGCCCUAGCCAGAGACCAGACAGAUGGAGUGUGAAUUUUUUCACCAUUCUUCUUAAACACUUGCAUGUUUAAAUUUUACUAGGACUGAUGAAAUGUAAACUACAGGGAGUUCUUGCACUCAGGGGUAGUCUCAUCCAUGUACUUAAAACAAGAAAAAAAUCCUGCAAAGCUGUGUAGAAUUAAAUAUAUGCUAGAAAGUGAGUAUCCAAUUGGUCCAGUUGCUAACUUGGAUCUGAUCCUGAAGAGCUGGGAAGAGCAGCCCUCCUAGGUAAGUAUUUCACCUAUACUAUCUUUUAACUUUUAGACUGGAAAAAAUUUGUCAAAACUGCCAGAAAACUCUGAACACAGUAUUCUUUGCAGCUUUCCAUAGGAUAUGAAAGUUACCCUGUGAGCAGGUAGUCACUUCAAACCUCUUGCUAACAUUGGUGUGUAGACAGAGAUGGCAUUUGCUUGGCAGAAAAAUCAGCUAGAAUGCUUUUGCUCUAGUGUGGAAUCGUGGAUCCUUCAGUUGUAUCUUAUGCUGUUUGGGGGGCAUGUAGGAUGGUGUAAGUUCUUUUUAUGAUGUUUGCCACCACUGUAUCUGAGCACAGUAAAUUGAACUUUGUGGUCCUUGUGCUUAGGUAAGAUCAGCCUCCUACCUGUAACUGCUGAUAAGGAAGCAGAGAGAAUCUGUCAUACACCCAAAGCCUUAGGAGUUGUGUGGGUAAAAACAGGAUUGAAUACCAGCAUUGUGUUAUAUAUAAUAAAUAUAUAUAAUAAAGAACA